AGGACUUGGAUUGAAGCCAAAUUAUGGCGAAGAAGGCACUAAAGAAAGCCGCAACGGACGAAAAGUCUAGUAAUCACGUUUUGCACCCAACUAUGGUGGAAAAGCGAUCAAAGAGAGCCGCAACAGAACAGCUCAGUAAUACUUUGGGGCGAACCAUGGUGAGAAAAACAAAGGGAGCUGCAGAAAAUGAACAGAGCAAUGGUAGGACUUGUGGAAAGGAACCUGAGCGCAAAGUCAAAAAUGAAAAGAAGCCCAGCAAUGGCUUUGCCAAGUCUGUAAACAGCUCUUCUGCUAAUGUAGCUGGGGGUGAUAUCCGAGGUGUGCAUAUUCCUCAGCAUGUCCACGACUUUUUUGCCCACGCUAAACGCUUGUCUGGUGACAACCCUUUGUGUGCCUUCGAAAAGCUUGUUGCAGCUCGUUUGGUUGGUCUUUUCGAAUUAUUGGGAAAUGGUCUCACUGCACUCGACGAUAAUCAAUUACGCCUGCACUAUCGUUAUGCUACUGACUUACCAGAAAUGCAAACUGUCAUCGUAACCGAUGCUGGCAGAUACUGUUUAUGGAGAGAUGUGCCGAACAGCGAAGAUAGCUGGAUUAUUUACGUGUCCGAUGACGACAGAUUUCCCAAAAUUGAGUUGGUAGGCAAUCGCAUGGAGCACGCACUGGUCCAUCUUGGCGACAAAGUGAAGACGGAUGUCAAGGAAUUUCUACCAAAGUCUAUGAAUGCGACAAAACUAAGAGAGGAUAUGAAGUCUGUGUGUGCGCUUCGCCACAAAAAAAAGCUGGGAAAGGCACCAAAUGCAGUUGGGUUGUGGGUUGAGGUUACCAACGACGUCGGAUACCGACCUUUACCAGACACUCCCGAGAAGCUGAGGGAAACACUUGAUCUUAUCUGCGAGACUGAUAAUGCUUCAUUGCGACAGAGGAGGAUGCAGCGGGUGAUGGAAAUUGUCACAUUUGUCCAGCUUGGAAAUGAUGAAUGCGACUUUGGAAUGGGUUUGGAGCUCGGUUACUGGUUGUUUCUCGCCAACCAUGAGACGCUGGAUAAACUGACACAUCGUAUUCUUUCCACAGCUUACACAUUGCUCAAAAGAGACGAAUACAAAACGAUCCUUGACGCUCAGAUGGCACCAGGAAUGCGAAGAAGAAGCGAUGUUGAUAUGCGCAGAGCUAACCAGUGACGCUAACGCUAUCUAUUUUCACCGAUCUCUUGUAUAUCUAUGCGCUUGUAUUAAGUAAUUGAGAAUUUAUAUGUAACUAGAUG